CAUUGCGGACGCUGGAGCUGCUGCAGCCUGUAUUCGAAGACGUGCAGGACUUGCACGCGGUCUUUUCCCUGCGCGACCCAGGGGCCGAUUUAGCGCGCCUCGUGCUCGACGGCCCGCGGGUGUUCAAAUUCUUGCGUGCGCGUAAGCUGGAUGACGCCGUGGAUGAUGUGCUUCUGGAAACAGAUGUGCUCCCUGGGACGAUCCGCGUUCUGAAAAGUACCUCGCUCAAGCUCAACCUUUCCCGGUGGGAUGGGUGGCUGGCGCAUCCGCUGUGCCCAUUGGAUUUCUCGGGAGUGCGUGAUUUGGAGCUGCACGGCGCAUUUGGAGUGGGACUGAGGAACCGAAUGCGGCAUGCGUGGGGUGGGAUAACGAGGCUCGCAGCUUCUGCGUACAGUCUAGAAGCCGCAAUCGCCGAAGGUUUCAGUCUCAGACAACUACCGUGUCUCCAUGACCUUUUCUUGCAUACUGCCAACGCCCAUAUUUCGUGUCUGAGUGCGAUCAUCGGCACACUCGGCGAGGAGAACGCACACAAUCUGUCCCACCUCGCACUCGAGGUAGGCACCGUCGACCAGCUCGUUUCGCCUCCGCAAAUUUCCGUGCUCGUAAAGACGCUUAAUGACCUUCCGUGCGACUUCAAUCCCCGGAUCGAGCUGGCCUUCCGACAUCUGACGGUUCAUUUACACGGGCCAGACGGUGUCCAGUGGUUCUCAGAUGCUGUGUCUCAACUCUCUAGGUUACUUAUCCCUAAAUUGGGGAGGUUUACGGAUAUCAACAUUUCGUGUGUACGGAGCGGCACUCCUGGAUGCAUGAUUCCCAAAUUCUGAAAGAACUUCCAACUGGGCAAACAUCUGUCAACAAGCCUCGUUCUUGUGAUCAUCGGUGUAAGGUAAUCCGUAUGCCUGUUUCACGAGACCUUCCCUUCGCGCUCGUAGUUCACCUAGGGCUAGGUAAAACUCCUAAUGGGGAGGUGAUUUACAUCUAGAGGGGUCGGUGCUCAGUAUAAAGAGUCUGUAUUUUUUUUGUGAAUUAUCGACGCCGGGGAGCGCCGGGGCACAAAAAAAGGCUCGGUAAUUGACCGUAAAUG